CUGAGCAGCUCCCUCCGCAGAGAAGUGCAGUGCAAGCGUCAUGGAGGUUACAAAAGACAAACAAACUUUCAUGUGUGAGAUAUGUGACAAACUAUUGUCUUCCUCUGCAUCCAGAAAACGACAUCUGAAAUGCGUCCAUGGGUUAAAGUUGCCCCCUGUGAUAUCAAAUUCAGAUAACAACAAAACAUGUGAUCUCUGUAACAAAACAUUUUCAUCUAAAUUUGCCAAGGAAAGACACACCAGUGAAGUCCAUGACUCAAUGAGAACAGAGUGCAGCAAACCUACAGCUGUUCAGUGCAAGGAAUGUGGAGUAAACUUUUCCAGGUUAAGCAUCUACAGGCAACAUCUCCAACAGUUUCAUAACAUUGAAACUACUACAGCCCAGUAUGAGUUUGCUUCAGAAGAAGAGUUUAUGGCAUGGAAAGAUGCACUGGAAAUGGAGGUUGGAGUAAAUUAUACGUCUCAUACGGGUAACAAGAAAUCAGUUGACAGCACCAAAACCAUAUACUAUUGCCGAAGAUCAGGUGUGCAGAAAUCAUCAAAGAGUACCCACAAGCGUGCUGAAAAAAGCCAAGGUACCAGUAAAAUGGGAUACUACUGCACAUCAUCUAUUGAGGCAGUGAGGCAGAAUGGAUGUGACCAGGUCACCUACUACGUGGAGCAUCAUGAGCAUGAUAUAAACUUCCACAGCCUUGUCCACAUGACUCUUCCUGCCAGCGUGAAGGAUAAAAUUGCAGCUGCAUCUAUGUUUGGUGCAUCUUCACUGCGUGGACGGCUGGAGCCUGACUGCCCGCUGAGCUUCCUCGCCCUAGCUCGUAAGUUAACAAUGGAACCUUUACCCAGUACUCGAAGUCUCAAACAAAUAGUCUGUAAAUGUUGCUGCCAGAUGAGUAUCUGGCUGAUAUGCACGAAAAAUUUGACUAAAUCUUAG